GCGCGUUUUACUCCUUGACCCAGAUUCCCGAUUCCCGCUUCCCGCUUCCCCUACUCCACCUCUUAACUUUAGCAUUUGUCUAAAUACGCCUCCUGCAUUAUCCGCACAGAAUUCUAUUCCGGCAGGGGCUAUAAUUCUACGAUAUCACAUGACAUUUUCUCGUGUCAAGGGCGGGGUCCGACAGCCUUGCCCCACCAACUUUCACUUCCCGCGGGGCUCUUCUGCAACACCACAACCUCAAUUCCUACUGCGUCCCUCUGCCAUCACAACACACUCCAAGAUCAAUCUGCAAUCAAUUCCCUUGCGUUAUGCAACCCUCCGCUACAUCCCAAAACCCCACAAAGGCACGUGGGAAGCUCAACCUAAACCAAUCUUCGACCUUGUCCGUAAGCGUUUGAGUAUUCAAUUCUCUGCUAUCGACUAUCGAAACCGACCUUCAAUGGUUACGUCCCUUACUACCAAUCCUUCACGAAGCUUGCGCAUCGAGACUUUGGCACCAUGGCAGGAAUUAGGGGUCCGCUCGCUCCUGAUGUGCUAGGUUAUCGCUUUAGUACCAAUGGAGAGCCUACUUUCCAUGCGGUAAGUCUUGCUUUUCCGCUUUCCUGAUGUGUGAAAUACUUACAAAGUAUAGUCCGACAGCCAUGACCUACUCAUCCUCUGUGACACCAUCUGCCGUCAUGCAAGUGAUGUAUGUGGUUUUACGAUGACACACUAAGGCAUUAAACGCAACCUGUUCAAGGAUUACGAGUUUCCCGUCUUCUUACUAGAAGCUCACAACAAGCGGGCGCAGUCACUCAUCGACCGAUUCAAACGUGCGAUUUCUAUCUGCGAAGCUACCUCAGGCUGGGAUCCAUUGGGAGUCAAGGAGGUCGAUCCAGGAACCGGGGAAAGUCGGUCAGUUGCGCUCUGCCAAAUAAAGCAGGAGAACUUUUCUUCACAAUUUUGUGAAGAGUUGAGGGAUAGCUUGGAGAAUGGAGUCGUUGAGGUUGUUAGGUCUGGUUUGGUUGCGGAAGAAGAGUACCAGUGA